AUGACUCUUCUUCUAUUUCUAUAUACCAUUGUACUACUUGUUUCCUUCAUAGUCUUCAUCAUUUAUUGGAAUUGGAUUCGUCCACAAAAACGUUUCUAUGAUGACUUUCGUAGUCAAUGCAUACCAGGCGAACCUUUUGUACCACUCGUCGGUCAAUUGCCUGAAAUGCGUCGUGCAUCUGAAAAAGAUGCUGGAGUCGAAUAUCGAAUGGGACUUGUUCAAAAACAUGGGUACGUCUAUCUCACAGGAUUUAGUCCAACUAUACGUUUAUCUGUUAUUGAACCAGACAUGAUUGCUGAUAUUUUCGGUCGCACACAUGCUGAAGAUUAUCGAAAACCAUCCGACAUGAAACCAUUUUUGUAA